CGUCACUGUUGAGAACGAUUGAAAACGCGGGAGAAACUUCUUCGCUUUGUGAAAUUUCUAUCGUUAAUUAGUGGUGAGUCGCUGUUAUGGCUGACACCCAGAAGAAGAAAGCCAGUAUCCGUGUGGACGUGGCAGACAGUGAGCUGGUGUACGACUGUGAGUGGGGUGAUUGUGACGAGCAGUUCACGGACAUCCCAGACUUCCUCCGUCACAUCGGAAUUCACAUUUGGAACCUUGUUUCCACAGCAACGUCUGAAGAGAAAGGAUUCUCCUGUGGUUGGCGUGACUGUGGGACUCAGAUACUCGGUGACAAGCAUGACUUCAACCGUCACGUGUAUUUCCACGCCUUCCACGUGAAGCUGAAGUGUGUGGGAGCCGUGGUCAUCAAGAAGACGAGAUACCCAGUGUGCACCAUCGACGGGCAGAGUCGGAACUGGAUCCCAGAGCUGCCCGAGAGUCUACAGUGUGGCUGGACAGCAUGUGGGGCUGUGUGUGACAAUCCUGUGAUAUUCUACAACCAUGUGGCCAACCACUGCGAGGAAUUCCCCAACGGCAACAACAUCAAAGGAGGCUGUCAGUGUAGAUGGACAGACUGUGAUACCCGUUUUAAGAGCAAGCACAAGCUUCGAGAACACCUACGCAGCCACACUCAGGAGAAAGUAGUUGCCUGUCCCACGUGCGGGGGCCUCUUCGCCAGUCGCACCAAAUUCUUUGACCAUCUUACAAGACAGAAGGAAACAGUCGUGCGAUGCUACCAAUGUUCCCACUGCAACAAGAGGUUUGCCACAGAACGGAUACUGAGGGACCACAUGCGGCACCAUGUGAACCACUACAAGUGCCCCUUCUGUGACAUGACGUGUCCGGCACCAUCGGGGCUGCGUACCCACAUCCGCUACCGUCACACCAUGGAGAAGCCAUACAAGUGUGCCCACUGUGAACACUGUGCCAAGAGUGGUGCGGACCUGCGGCGCCACCUGGAGAGUCACAGCAAGGACUGCCUGUUCCAGUGCCACAUUGACAAGUGUCGGUACAAGGCCCGCUCGUACACCAGUCUCACCAACCACUACAAGAAGGAGCACCAGAUACUCGACACAGCUCGCUACUUCUGCCACGUGUGUGAGAAGAGGUUCACACGAGGCAACCAGCUAACCAAGCACCUCAAGAAACAACACAAGUUCAAAUGGCCUCCUGGACACUCUCGAUUCAGGUAUAAAGUCCACGAGGAUGGCACACUGCGACUCCAAACCAUACGAUAUGAGAGCAUUGAGGUUUCAGACGAGAUAAUGGACAGCGAAUCUAUGCAAGAUGAUUCUCACGAAGUCUGAGUCCUCCAAGAAG